AUGCCAUUCUCACGAGCUGUGCGGGCACAAGCUCCAGCUCUAAUCAAAUCAUUGAAACCACAAUAUGCUCCCACCGUUUGUAAAAGAUGGAAAUCGGGACCAUAUGGUUAUACACAAGCCAAAGCACUGGUCUAUUCAAAAUACGGUGAUCCCUCUGAGGUCCUUUCAUUACAUACCCACUCCAUCUCCCCCUCUCUCCCGCCCAAUCAGCUCCUCCUCCGUACUCUCGCAUCUCCCAUAAACCCCGCAGACAUAAAUCAAAUCCAAGGCGUCUACCCCUCCAAACCCCCCUUCACCUCCUUACUUGGGACCUCUGUCCCCUCAGCCGUCGCAGGCAAUGAAGCCUGUUUCGAAGUCCAAUCCAUCGGCUCCUCAAUCAAGAGUGUCGCAAAGGGAGACUGGGUGAUCAUGCGCUCUACCGGCUUCGGAACAUGGAGGACCCACGCCCUCGCAGAAGAAAAAGACAUCUUGCGGGUCGAAAAAGGUGGUUUAACAGAGAUUCAAGCUGCGACUGUAGGUGUAAAUCCAACAACUGCAUGGCGGAUGCUGGUCGAUUUCGAGAACCUAGAAGGAGGGCGAGAUUGGUUUAUUCAAAACGGCGCCAACUCCGGUGUAGGAAGGGCAGCGAUCCAACUUGGUCGCGAAUGGGGGCUGAAGUCUAUCAACAUCAUAAGGGACAGGAAGACGCCCGAGGAAACGGAAAGCAUGAAGAAGGAACUUCUAGACCUAGGCGCCACGAAAGUUAUUACGGAAUCAGAACUCCAAUCCCGUUCCACCGUCUCUGAAAUCAAAGAAUGGACCUCCGGCAAAAACCUCAAACUAGGACUCAACUGCGUAGGCGGCCCUGUCACCCUCGCUCUCGUCAAAACGCUCUCCCCAGGCGGUCAUCUCGUAACCUAUGGCGCAAUGUCCAAACAACCACUUUCUCUCCCAACGGGCCUGCUCAUCUUCAAGGACCUCAAGUUUUCUGGGUUCUGGGUCUCGAGGUGGAGUGAUGCGAAUUCGGCGGAGAAGGAGAAGACGGUGGAGAGCAUUCUGCAAAUGACGAGGGAGGGACGAUUCAAGGAUAUUCCGGUACAGGAGAUGAGGUGGGAGUGGGCGACCGAGGGAGAGAGGCUGGUGGAGGCCGUAGGUGGAGGAUUGGAAGGGUUCAGGAGUGGGAAGGGGGUGCUUGUGUUUGGUGAUACGUAG